AUGGCCUACGCGUGUCCAACUCACAGGGACGGUUCCCUGACGAAACCUGUAAGCAGCCCCCGUUAUGCUCUGGCAUCUCCGGAUGUCACAGUCACACAGGUGCGCAAGUCUGCUGGCUUUUGCCCGACUCGCAGGGACGCUUCUGUGCCGACACCUGAGAGCAGCCUUCCCUACACCACCCCGGCAAUGCCUACUUUGCUUACUUCUGAACCAGCGACUGUGGUGGACUCCUCUUGUGCUGAGCCAGAGAAUCCUCCUCAGCUCCAGCUGGUCUCACGUGAGCAAAGCCGUGAUGGUCCGGCGCCGCCCACAAAGCUGCUGACGGAGCCAUUGCGCCAGGCGUCCCAGCCUUCCCAGGUCCGCCAGGUUCCUACCCUGUUGCAGCGCAGGUUGACGGAGCCGCUGAGCCAGGCGUCCCAGGCUUCCCAAGUACUGCAGGUUCAGGUCACUUCCCGGUCGCUGCGCAGGCCCUUGGUGCCGUUGCGCAAGGUGUCCCAGGCUCCGCAGGUUCAGGUCAAUUCCGGGUCGCAGCGCAGGCUGGUGCCGUUGCGCAAGGUGUCCCAGGUGCCACAGGCUCAGGUCACUUCCCGGUCGCAGCGCAGGCUGGUGUCGUUGUGCAAGGUGUUCCAGGUUCCGCAGGUUCAGGCCACAUCCCGGUCGCAGCGCAGGCUGGUGCCGUUGCGCAAGGUGUCCCAGGUUCCGCAGGUUCAGGUCACUUCCCGUUCCCAGCGCAAGCCGGUGCCGUUGCGCAAGGUGUCCCAGGUGCCACAGGUUCAGGUCACUUCCCCGUCGCUGCGCAGGCUGGUGCCGUUGCGCAAGGUGUCCCAGGUGCCACAGGCUCAGGUCACUUCCCGGUCGCUGCGCAGGCUGGUGCCGUUGCGCAAGGUGUCCCAGGUUCCGCAGGUUCAGGUCACUUCCCUGUCGCUGCGCAGGCUGGUGCCGUUGCGCAAGGUGUCCCAGGUGCCACAGGCUCAGGUCACUUCUCGGUCCCAGCACUGGCUGGUGCCGUUGCGCAAGGUGUCCCAGGUUCCGCAGGUUCAGGUCACUUCCCAUUCUCAGCGCAAGCCGGUGCCGUUGCGCAAGGUGUCCCAGGUGCCACAGGCUCAGGUCACUUCCCGGUCGCUGCGCAGGCUGGUGCCGUUGCGCAAGGUGUCCCAGGUGCCACAGGCUCAGGUCACUUCCCGGUCGCAGCGCAGGCUGGUGCCGUUGCGCAAGGUGUCCCAGGUUCCGCAGGUUCAGGUCACUUCCCGGUCGCUGCGCAGGCUGGUGCUGUUGCGCAAGGUGUCCCAGGUGCCACAGGCUCAGGUGUCCAAGGUUCCGCAGGUUCAGGUCACUUCCCUGUCGCAGCGCAGGCUGGUGCUGUUGCGCAAGGUGUCCCAGGUCAAGGUCUCCCACCAGCGCUGCAACAAUAGUGUGCAUGUUGUGCAGCCUUUCCUGACGACCACUGUGCCUGCCAUGCUUGACUCAGUCUUUAACCCUCAUGAGUUUGGGCUUGGAUGCUUGGAAUUAGAGUGGGGUCAGCUAGGACAUCUUCACCACACAACUCUACAGGCCCUCCAGGACCUUGAGUGCUUCCUUGUGCAAAAGCCCAUUCACGAGCUCGCCCUGUACACUGAUGGCUCCUAUGACCCACGCACUGGGAUAGCUGCCUGGGCUGUCUGCGCGUUGGCGCGUCAAGCGCACGGUUGGUGCUUCGUUGGUUUUGCCGCCAAUGCUCUCCCUGAUGAGCACAAAACAGAGGUAGGACAGCAAGGUCUCUCCCAUCAAGCUGAGCUUUAUGCGCUUGCUGCUGCGUUGGUCCUGGUAGGUUCGGUUGCAGACAUACCAGCCAGCAUCGGUUAUGAUGCCAAAGCGGCAGCGACGAUUGCGCAGGCCAUAGCUUGGCCCAAGCAGUCUGAUCGGCUGUCUGAGGCACUAGCGCUGCUUGCGCACCUUGCAACAAGCCGAGCACCAAGGCUCGACUGGCACCACGUUUCCAGCCACACAGGCAACCCUUUCAACGAAUUUGUGGAUGUUGCUGCCAAAAGAGCUGUGCAGGGCAAAUGCCGCCACCCAAUCCUGCAGGACCACAUCGUCAAUGUUGUGCUCAGCACUGAGUUCCAAUGGUGUUGGUUGCAUGACAAUGCCAUUGUGCCUUCCCAUGCCGUACCGCCGGUUGAUGAGGCAGGCACCAUGAGACCUAUUCAGGGAAAGCCCAGCAGUCAUCCGUCUCUGUGCACGUGGCCGAACCUUGACAGACGCCGUCAUGUCAAGCCUAACUUGCGUUGCAAAACCCAGAAGAUGCCGCCAGUCAUGACCUGGCAGCUCCGCAUGGCCACUUACAACACACUGUCUCUCCAAUCCUUGGCGCAGAGGCACACAAUUGCCACCUUGUUCGCGCAGCGGGAUGUCCACCUCAUAGGGUUGCAGGAAUGUAGGUAUACGCCCGCCGAGCCUAGGUCUAGGCAGGGAGAGUAUCAUGUCUACGCUGGUCCCAAUGAUGCUGGCCAGUUUGGGUGCCAGCUCUGGGUCAAAGCAGAUUGUCCUUUCGCGCAGAGCCAUACUGGAGAGGCAGUGCAGUUCUGUCCUUCACAAGCCUCCAUCCUUGUCGCUGAGCCUAGACUCCUGGUUGUCUUGCUUGAUUUAGGAAGCAUGGCCAUGGCGUGUGUAGUGGGGCAUGGCCCUACUGCUGCAGCUGGAACAGAAAUAGUCACGGCGUGGUGGAACAGGCUGGACAGCUGUCUGCGAAUGAUACCACGCAAAUUCCGGCCUUUCCUUUUCCUGGACGGCAACGCCAGGUUCCAACAAGGGCCAGCGGGCGGUGAUACACUUGCGGCGCAACCUCAGAAUCUGCCUGCAACGAUGCUGAGGGAGACUGCCCUUCGACAUUCUUUUGGCUGCAGUGCUCAAGUUGAUGAGUGCCCUAGACCGGUAGUGUCUUGGGUCGGUGGUAAAGGCAAAACAGGGUGCAUUGACUACCUGCUUGUGCCGGACAGCUUAAGAAACGGCUUUAAGACUGAGGGCAGUUGGGGCGACUUCCCCACUAUCCACGGGCCUGAUCACGUGCCAGUUGUUGCACGUGUUCAAUGGACAGACGCGGCUUUGCCUACCUGUAGCCCUAUGUCCAUUGACAGAGCUGCAAUGCUCACCCCUCAUGGCAGAGAAGAAGUCGUCAGAAUCAUGCAGUCAGCGCCUUGCUUGCCAUGGACUGCUCACGCCGACGACUAUCUCCAUGAACUUAACUCAUACCUUGGCACGCAGCUAGCCGCAUCUUUCCCACUUCACAGGCAGCGACCCCGACAGCCAAGCAUUUCUGACCACACAUGGAGCUGGAUCAGACACCGACGGGCACUGCGGCGCCAGUUGCACCGCAUUCGAAGCAUGCAAAAUCUUCAAAGACUUCGUAGGUGCUUCCAAAGCUGGCGUAGGAACAGAACUGAACGCGACCAUGCAGAGAGGUGGAGCCUUCUGCAAGCAAGAGUCGGCCAGAUGAUACGCGCAGCCACUUCCCAGAUCCGCGUGCAGAUGCGCAGAGACACGGCUGCGCACGUCCGGGCCGCUUUCGCCGAGGCGCGCGCAGACGGCCCCGAAGCUGUCGCUCGCUUGCUCCGCAACACCUUGCGUACGGGUCGAUCCUAUAGGCCGUUGAGGGUCGCGCCUGCGCUUGAAGUUGAUGGGCAGGUUGUCGCAGGCCAAUCAGCUGUCGAAAGAACUUUCGCAGAAUACUUCGCGGCUGCUGAAAAGGCGCAGGAGAGCACCAGAGCUGAGCUAGAUGCGCUGCCCAGCGCGGCCCUUGGGCCUGUCGACGCCGACAACACUCCGAGCUUGAUGCAACUUGCGGGACGUUUUGCAAUGAUGAAGCGCAACAAAGCCACUGGGAUUUCCAAGAUCCCGGCGGAAGCCUUCCGCGCCGCUCCCAUACAUGCAGCAGCGCUCCACUUCCCCUUGCUACUACGCAUGGCUGUUGGGCGAGAAGCACCUUUCUUGUGGAGCGGCGGGUUGAGUGUCCCGCUGCCGAAGCCAGCUAAGCCGCUCAAAGAGCUCAAUGGGUGGCGAAGCGUGAUGUUACAUGAGGUUGCCUGUAAAGCAGUAGGACAGACCUUCAGGCCCUUGCUUGUCCGACAUUUCCUUCAGCUGGCGUCCGAGGCCCAGUGUGGAUCCCAGCGUAGUGUGCCCCUUGCGCUUCCGAUGGUGCACGUACGUGCUCACCUGCAGCACCUUCAGGCCAAAGGCAAGUCCGGCGCCAUCCUCUUCAUUGAUUCCAAAGAUGCCUACUACAGCGUCAUUAGGAAUUUUUUGUUCAAGGAUGGGGCGAUUCGUUCUCAAGCCAGUCUUGCAGACAUGAUACAGCGCGUUCACCCCUGUCCGGACAAACAGCGCGAGCUUGCUGCAGCACUAGUUGGACCGGGACUGCUUGCCGAUGCGCCGCCCGCGCUGGUCAACUAUGUGAAAGGCACCCUCACCAAUGCAUGGUUCACCACUGCCGCCGAUGCCAGCAUUCUAAUGUCUACUGCCACUGGUACCUCUCCUGGUGCCCCUCUGGCUGAUGCCCUCUUUCAAGUAAUUUUCACUACAGUGCUGGAUGGCCUUCGAAGUCGGCUGAGCAACGCGGGACUUGACGUGCUCGCUGAUGAUGGGUCUAGCGCGCCACAUCCGACAUGGGCUGAUGAUGUGGCCGUGCCGCUCCUCAGUGACAGGGCAGAUGAAGUACCAAGUGCUGUCCAGCAAGCCGCCGUGACUGCGCACGAAGAAAUGAGCAAGGUGGGCCUGCAUAUGAACUUCGACAGAGGCAAGUCAGAAGCGAUGCUCAUACUUAGGGGUCCAGGGUCUCGACGGCUCCGACAGCGCCUUCUCAGCCCCAAGAAGCCCUUUCUGCCUGUUACCCUACAGAAUGGAGUGCAGGUUCAACUGGCGCUGACGCAGUCUUAUGUGCACUUAGGAGGCUUAGUGACGGAUGAUGGCAAGUACAUGCAGGACAUCGAUCGCAGACAUGCGCUCGCCGCUGCAAAUUUCAAUGCCUUCAGAAGGGCCAUUCUUUACAACUCCGCCUUGACAGUGAUCGACAAAGGGCAGCUGUUCCAUUGCUUGGUGCUGACAAGGUACAUGCAUGGCAUGGGACAGUGGAUCCUCGACAAGCGCGCGAUGGCUCGCCUUAGGUCCCAUGUGUAUGGGUGGUACCGAAAGAUGACGCGACCGCUUACAGGGUUCUCCUCUCGAGGCUUGACUGAUGCGGAGGUCUGCGCCCUUACCGGACUCUUCCCGGUAGAGGUCCAUGUGACGGCGGCCAGAGCCAUGCAGCUGCACACGAUCGCGACGCAGGGACCGGGCUACCUGUGGUCGAUCCUUCAAGCGGCCCCGGAGUGGCUAGACGCUGCCCUCAAUGCACUCCGUGAGGCUGCCUGUGACACUGAGGCAGGCAUAGAGCUGCCGCAGGCAAGAGCAGAAGCGCUACACUUUCUGCAUGGACACCUGACGUGGCUUCGACGUUUGCCUGCUGCGCUGAAGCGGCAAGCUGGCCGAAAACAAGCUGAGGCGCGCAACAGCCUUGUUCGCAAAGCGAGAGACCUGUGUCGCUUGCACGAUGAAGGCGGUGGGAUCUUCAGCCUGCCGGCUGCUUCUGGCCACUCUGGCUUCCUAUGUGUCGUUUGUGGUGGUCUUUUCUCCACGCGCGCUGCGUUGUGCUCUCACCUCUCCCGAAGACAUAUGCAUGCGAGCUCCACAGCUCACAUUGCAGGUACGCGAUGCGCAGUGUGUUCCAUGGAGUUUUGGACCACGCCCAGGCUUCGCCUCCAUUUGAGAAAAGCCCCCAAAUGCCUCACAGCACACAUUGAGGCUGAUCUGAGCUUUCUGAGUACAGAGCAUAAAUGUGAGAUCAGCUUGAGCCGCAAGCCCGCCGUGCGCACGCCCGGCCCCACGCCCUUCUGGGCCUGCAUGCGACCAGCUGCGACACCGCAGGAGAUGCCUAAGCCGCUGGAUCCACUUGUUUUUGUUUGGAGUGUUGCUGUAAGACAUGCUAACGACUCCACGACAUGCCUCAAGGAAAUUGUAGAGUUCCUCCUGUUGCUUCCUGAAACGGUUCCCGCGCAGGAAAUUCUUGAAGCUUGCCCACUAACUGUUUUGUUGAAUCCCACGACGGCUGAGAAAUUGGCCAGCCUCGUGCAGCUUGGUACCCACAUCGUGGCAUGGCGCCGGAGAGGUGGCAAUGCACACUUUCGUGAGGGACCAUUUCAGGUAACGUGCCAAGGCGACAGGGUGAUGGUGACCAUCGCCUAG